CAGUUUCGCUACAAGCCCUUUCUCAUCGGAGUGUCUCUUUCCAAUACAACCUAUAUCUUUUCCCCUUCUUUCUUUCUCUCUCUCUCUCUCUCUCUCUUCUCACACUACUAUUUUUUGUGCCCUAGAUUUACUCCUCUUUAUCUCCUUCGAUUGCUCUUCUCUGAUCAAUUCUAACACCCCCACCAAAAAAAAUGGCAAAUGCAUCAUCUGGAUUUAAAGUGCACGAUGAUUGCAAGCUAAGGUUUCUUGAAUUGAAGGCAAAGAGGACAUACCGUUUCAUAGUUUUCAAGAUUGAAGAGAAACUUAAGCAGGUUGUUGUUGAGAAGCUUGGUGAAACAGAAAAAACCUACGAGGAUUUCACUGCAUCACUUCCUGAUAAUGAAUGUCGUUACUGUGUUUUCGAUUUUGACUUCGUAACUGCUGAGAAUUGCCAGAAAAGCAGGAUUUUCUUCAUUGCUUGGUCUCCUGAUACAUCAAGGGUCAGAAACAAGAUGAUUUAUGCCAGCACAAAGGACAGCUUCAAGAGAGAAUUAGACGGUAUCCAGGUAGAGUUACAGGCGACUGACCCAACCGAGAUGGAUCUCGAUGUCAUCAAAAGCCGUUGCACUUGAGUUGUUUCAUCAACAGCGUCCUUGGAUUGGAGAUUUACUCCAUAAAAUUCUACUUAUACCUAAGUGAUAUGUUUAUAGUUUGUGAGACUGUAAACCUGGAUCCAGAUAUAAUAUUGGCUUGUUAUUCAAGUUUUUUUCUCUGCAGUCUGUCAUCUUUUUACCAGAAUUUAAUCAGUGAUUCAAGUAUAUCGUGUGAUUGUUAUUUGUGAAAAACAUAUAUGUGAUGGGGGUUGCAUGUAGUCUCAUUUGACGAGCUAUAAAUGUAACAGUUAUUUGGGGGUGUUUGACAGUACCUUCAGUUGUUUCAUGACAACUUGGGAAUGAAUGUUGAGCCCCCCUUUUUUAAUCGUUUUCUUGGUUUGAGAAUCUCU